AUGGAAUUAGUUUCGGGGACUAUUUCAGGAAUUAGUUCUGGUAACAAUGACUAUAUAACCACACUUUUUACAGGUGAUCACUUGCCAUAUGGAAGAGAUUUCCCCGGUCAUGCUGCACCUGGAAGAUUUACUAAUGGAAGAUUAAUUGGUGAUUUUUUAGUAUCUUAUUUAGGUCUUAAAAGGGCAUUACCAUCAUAUUUAGCACCUAACUUAAGUGAUCAAGAAUUACUUAGUGGUGUCAGUUUUGCAUCUGCUGGUACUGGUUUCGAUGAAUUAACUGCACAGACGGCGAGUGUUAUCAAUAUGGAUACCCAAAUAAGAUAUUUAGGGGAGUAUUUAGAGAAGAUUAAGAAUAUUGUUGGAGCUGAAAAAAGUGGUAGUAUCAUUAAUAAUGGGUUGUUUAUUAUUAGUGCUGCUACGAAUGAUAUGGUGUUUAAUUAUUAUGAUCUUUCUUUGAAAAUUGUACAGUAUUCAUUGCCUGAAUUCCAUGAUUUCUUGCUUCACAUAUUAGUGAGCAUUGUCCAGGUAUAA